ACCCACCUAUCCUACAGCUUUUUUCCCAGGGAGCGCGAACGCAGCGUCAGGCCUCAUUAGAACCACGUGACGUUUUGUUGACGGUAGAAGACGAAGGGAAGAUGGCGGCCCGCUGGAGCAGCGAGAAUGUGGUGGUGGAGUUUCGGGAUGCGCAGGCCACCGCCAUGUCAGUGGACUUCCUCGGCUCGCACGCCGUUCUGUCCGGGCGCCGGUUCCUGUACAUGGUGAACCUGGAGGCCCCGACCGAAGCGCCGAGGAAGAUCGGGCGCCAGAGUAAGUGGGACGUGGGGACGGUGCAGUGGAACCCGCACAGAUCGGAGUCGCACGUCUUCGCCGCCUCGAGUAACCAGCGUGUGGAUCUGUACUCGUGGAGGGACGGCUGUGGAGAAGUUCACACCUCCCUGCAGGGACACACCCGGGUCAUCAGUGAUCUGGACUGGUCCUGGUUUGACCCGGAGUUCCUCGUCACCAGCUCAGUGGACACCUACAUCUACAUCUGGGACACCAGAGACACUCGGAAACCCACGGUGGCGCUGUCUGCUGUCGCCGGGGCAUCCCAGGUGAAGUGGAACAGGAAGAACCAGAACCUGCUGGCAUCCAGUCACGAUGGAGACGUUCGGAUCUGGGAUAAAAGAAAGCCGAACACCGCGGUGGAGUACGUGGCCGCUCACCUGUCGAAGAUCCACGGCCUCGACUGGCACCAUGACAACGAGUUCAUCUUCGCCACAUCCAGCCAGGACAACUCUGUCAGGUUUUGGGAUUUCCGACAGCCCAGGAAGUACCUGAACAUCCUGUCCUGCCAGGUCCCGGUGUGGAAGGCCCGCUACACGCCAUUCUCUCAUGGUCUGGUAACAGUGAUGGUUCCUCAGCUGCGGAGAGAGAACAGUCUGCUGCUGUGGAGCACGCUGGACCUCAAUAGUCCCGUCCACGCCUUCGUGGGACACGACGACGUGGUGCUCGAGUUCCAGUGGCGGCCGCAGAAAGAAGGUUCGAAGGACUACCAGCUGGUGACGUGGUCCAGAGAUCAGACUCUGAGGAUCUGGAGGGUGGAUCCUCAGCUGCAGAAGCUGUGUGUCAGUGACGCGGUGGAGGACCUGAUGGAGGGGAUGUCCAUCGCCGUGGAGACGGAGAAGUCUCUGUUGUCUCAGGAGCCCAACAGCCAGUACGGUGUCGGCCUCGCCGGGGAAAUCCUGCAGGAUCCCGAUGGCGGUCUGAGCGUGGCGGUGGGUUCAGGCGUCCCUCAGACUCUGCAGCAGGAGUUCUCUCUGGUCAACCUGCAGAUACGAAACGUCAACGUGGAGAUGGACGCAGUUAACCGUAGCUGCGUGGUGUCGGCUCACUGCGGCAGCCAUCAGGUUCACCUGGUGGUCAAGUUCCCGGCGCAGUAUCCCAACAACGCCGCGCCCACCUUCCAGUUCGUUGCCCCGACGACCAUCCCCUCCGCCAUGAAGACCAAGAUCCAGAAGAUUCUGACCGACACAUCGCUGCAGAAGGUCAAGAGGAACCAGAACUGUCUGGAGCCGUGUGUUAGACAGCUGGUGUCCUGUCUGGAGUCUGACAUGGUGCAGGAAGAUGGUCCCGCCUCCGGACCCUUCCGUCCUGUCCAAUCCCGUCGCUCCGGCCCUGCAGGCCUUCCCCGAGUCACCAACACAUCAGGCUCCUAUCAGGUAACAGACAUCCAGACUCACCUAUCAGGUAACAGACAUCCAGACUGUCCUAUCAGGUAA